AACGUCUACAGGAAGUUUAUCCCAGGCGUGUAUAAAGACGCUUCCUGUGCUCUUCUUGAAAGAAACAUAUUUUGAAACAUUCAUGGCUUAACGUUACAUAAAGAAACACGAAGCAGAUAAACAGUUGCCCAAGAUGAACUACGUACCAGGGACGGCAAGCCUCAUUGACGACAUCGACAAGAAGCACCUGGUGCUGCUCCGAGAUGGCAGGACACUGAUCGGAUACCUCAGAAGCAUUGAUCAGUUUGCUAAUUUAGUUUUCCAUCAGACAGUUGAGCGGAUCCACGUGGGGAAGAAAUUUGGUGACAUCCCCAGAGGAAUAUUCAUAGUGAGAGGAGAGAAUGUGGUCCUGCUGGGGGAGAUAGAUGUGGAUAAGCCCAGUGACACGGUCCUGCAGCAAGUUUCCAUUGAAGAGAUCCUGGAGGAGCAGCGGUUGCAGCAGCAAGCCAAACAGGAGACGGAGAAAGUCAAAAUGCAGGUCCUGAAGGACCGAGGCCUCUCCGUCCCCAAAGCCGAUAACUUAGACGAAUACUAACACGGCCUUCAUUUUUCCAUGAGCCUCCUCCUCAGUUUGUACGGGACUGAUUUAAGUUUUCUGGUGAAUUUGAAUUUGAGAGAGCAUGGCUGUGUGUUUUUUAUGGGUACAUGGCUGCAUCACAAUGGGCCUGUUUACUGUAGUGUACUGUGUGAAUUUAAUUUGAAUUAGGAGAGAAAAUGUGAUGACUGCUCUCACUUUUGCAGAUCAUGUCAGCAAAAUGAUAAAUUCAUAUGUUUGUCUUAAGAUCACUAUGUUGGCAAUUAAGCAAUUAUUUUACAGCAGCACUUUCUAUUCAUGAUAUGGGUAGUCUUAUUGUUUGGACACAAAAACUGUCUGUGCUCUAUUAAAGAGUUGAUUUUUUUUUUUUCUUUA